UCUCCUAAGAAGCCUAAGAAUGCCCCUGAGCACUAUGACUUUGAGAGCAGGUGUUCAGCCCUUUCCUCUGAUUGGACUUCUGUGAGAAUCAUCCCAGAGGAAGAAAUGACAGAGCACAACCUUCUGGCCAUUCGAGUCAUGGUAACCAGUGAUGGGAGCAGUUCAGAGCUGGAAUCUGAUUUUUAUGGUGACUCAUCGAAUUCUGAAAUUAGUGAAGGACAGAUCUCAUUGCCUGAGCCUGUGUCCUAUACAAACCCCAUAAGAGAGCAUGCAUCGCUGACCACCAGUUCUGUGAAGGAAGAAGAGUGCUGUGAAAAGUCCAAAGCUGCUGAUGCACUACAAAGAGCCAAUAGUUUCCACUCCUCUACACUGAAUAAAUACCAGAAUUGGAGAAGAAAAAUUCAAUCUAAUUUCCCUCUACUGUACAGCAAGAGAAUUGGGCUUCAUUCACAGGAGACCUCUGCCAGAUCUCAGAGUGCUCUUGAAGAUUGCGUAUCCCAAUCACAGUUGACAUCUCACAGCAAACCACCAGAAAUUGCAAGAGGACUUUUCAAACCCUACAUCCCAGUGUUGCAAAGAAAGGCAAAAGCCAAAGAAACACCUGAAGAAAUCCACCGAUAUGUGCCCCAUCACCCACUUCAGAACAGUACUACUGGAUCUCCAUUGAUACAUUCUGGAAAUGUUACUUCAGUUGCUAAUGUAUAUAAGCAUAGAGAUGAAAAUGGUAACAAUGAGGAAUAUAAUGUAGGUAACUUGAAUGAGAGUGAAGAAUGUACCACCAAAAAAGGGGCCUUCAACAGAAAAAAUAUAGAUUUGUCCUCUCUAGACACAGAAAAAAAAGAUGAAAGAAAUCCAAGACAGCUGAAAGAACAGCCUGACCUAGAAAUAAAUGAAAUAAAAAAACAGAUAAGGAACAAAUUAAUGCUUGGUGCAGAGCAGCAAUCCAAAUUACUUGAUUUGAACAAUGCAGAUCUAGGUGGAACAAAACCAGAACAUCAAAGCCAAAGAAUGCUGGAAAUUUCAGAAUGGAAGGAUGUUGAUGGUAAUAGGGGAAAAAACAUAUUCAAGCAAUCCAGUCUUUCUGUGCCUCUUCCAUUUGCAAAUGAUACUUUGCCAACUUCGUCAGCAGACACAAAAGAUAUUCCAAAGAGUCCAGACAGUUCUGUAGAAGAACAUCUGUCUAGCCAACCGAAAUCACCAUUGAGACUAAUUGCCAAUGCAAUAAAGAGAUCCAUUCUAGAACCUCUUGUGUCUCAUCCAGAAAGCAUAAAAAAGAACCCAGACAGUAAAGCCAACCCUACUUCAGAACACACCUUUUUCAAUUCCCCUAAUACUUUUGGCCGCUCUGUACGUUUAAGGAACAGUAACGGUAAUAGUGAACAUGACGUACAGCUACAAGAAUCUAAUGGACUGGAAACUAGAAGCUCAGUAACAAACCCACCUAGUCUUUCCUAUAGUCUUGAAGAGAAAUCUUCAUGUGAUUCCACAGAGGUAUUGCUUCCGGUUUACAGUUUGCACACAGGUCCUUCCAAAGCUGCUGCUAAGCCUGAAAAUUCAUCUGGUGCAAAGACGGAGGAUGUACCCAGACUCCUAGAAAACUUUACUCUUAAAGAAACUCCACUGAGUGCUUCCACUGAUGACUUAUGUAUUUGUAACCAGAAGAACCUUCCUUUUUCAUCUCUAAGUCUCAAGAACAAAACUUCCGAGGACAUCCUUGGAGAUCCUGCACAAAUGAAUGAUAUCUGCUCGCUCUUUAGUAACUUGAGGAAUAAAGUCAAUGAAAGGGAAAAGAACGAUUCCUUAAAGUCAUCUAUGUCCUUCAUUAACAACUUUUCCCCAGAAAAAGUGCUAAAUAAUCCUUCCACUGAUGAGGACUCAGGCUCCGAACACCUAUCUGUCAAAAAACAAGUGACUACGUGUUGUUGUUCUUCCUCUGAUGGUGAAUUUGAACACAAGCCUUCAAUAGCACUCAAGGCAAAAAGGACCCUUAGAAGAAGGAGAAAACUAGAAAAGGAAACAAAGCAACUGGUUAAACAAGAGGAGCUGAAAAGACUCCAUAAAGCCCAGGCUAUCCAGCGCCAACUGGAAGAAGUGGAGGAAAGACAGAGGGCCCUAGAGAUAAAUGGUGUUAAACUGGAGAGGGAACUGCGAGGAGAAUCAGAUUCAGGCACACAGGAUGAAACUCAGCUGUUACAUGAAUGGUUUGAGCUGGUCCUGGAGAAGAAUAAAUUAGUGCGGUAUGAGUCUGAGCUCUUGAUCAUAGCCCAAGAACUAGAACUGGAGGAUCACCAAAAAAGAUUGGAACAGAAACUGAGAGAGAAAAUGGCCAUUGAUGAUAGCCUAAAAGAUGAACGAGAACUGAACGAGGAACAUGAAAUUUUUACUGAGAUGAUGAAAGUGAUUGAAGAAAGGGACAAACUUGUAUCUUCCUUAGAAGAGCAGAGACUGAAAGAAAAGGCAGAAGAUCAGCACUUUGAAAGCUUUAUAUUAUCUAAGGGUUAUCAACUCACCAGGACUUAGCCACAUGCAAAUGUAUGGAACUUCAGCUAUGUUAACCAACAUGGAGACAGUCUUUUGGCAAGGAUCUGGCUGAAAUUGAAGGAAUCAUAUCAUUUUAGUAUCAAACACUUUUAAACAGGCUCUUUGCUUGCACAACAGUGUCUCUAGUUCCACACAGAUAAUUACAGGAAGAAACAUCGCAAUCUCAUUGUCAGCAAAAAGGGCUAGUCAUCCUGUGAGAUGGAAAAGAACUGAAUUCACCUGUGUGAUGGACAGUGUGUGAAAAUUACACUGGAGCUGUCCAUUGUUUUCCUUUUCCCUGUAAUUCUAUUUUAAUUCUGAGAACAGAGUUCCUAGAGACGUAACUACAUGAUCUGGUACUUUUGAAACAGCAACAUUUUCCAUUCAUUUGUCUGAAUCUGUGUGUAUUUUUUUCUAUUUUGGCAUGGUUGAGCCACAAUGAACUGUAUUCAAGUGUCAAAAAUAAGCAUCACCAAUGUAAAAAUCAGGUUAGUGUUUAAAAUGUAUUUCUAAAGGAGGAGGGGAAGAGUCUUUAGAAUACUGACUACACAUGUUGUAAAUAACAAGUGUAAAUGCAAGGUCAGGCAAAUUUAAUUAUCAGGUGUAUUUGCAAGCUUGAGUGCACUGUAUGUAUUGAAUGAGGACUUAAUACAAUAUUAAAACCUUACAUUAUGUAAAACUGUAACUUAAUACCAAAGGGAUUACUAUUCUUAACAAAAUGUUGUAGAGUCAGAAGACCUUUUGUCUGUAGCUGACCAAAGUAAUCACUGAAAUAUGCUUGAAGAACAUUUUAAAAAAUUGAUUAACAUGUAUAUGGUAGAUUUUGCAAUAUGCAUUCUUCACAAAAGCAUGUACUGUAUCUCAAAGUUAUCACUAGUUAGAGACUUGGAACCGAAUAACAACAAGAACUGUGGCAAAAUUAUUUUCUGCAUUUUUAUGCUGAUAGUUGAUGCUUGCAUAUCAACCACAUUGAAACUGCUGCUAAGAUGAAUGCAUAAAUAAGACUGUCAGAGCUAUAUCUGUUGAAUGCAUUUUUUACUUUAAAAAACAUAGAAAAGUGCCUUCUAGCUUUUCUCGCACAUGCAUAGACAUAGCAGUUGUGCAAAAGAUUUCCUUAGGCUAUGUUUUCAAUUUACUGUGAGCAGUCUUCUAAAUCUGAGAUGAUUUUGUAAUUUACAGUUGAUUGUUUCUCCCAGUUGUAUGUAUGAUAGUCUGAAAAUUCAGUAUAAGAGACGUGGAGAAACUGGAGGACUGUUUUUGAAUAUUGUUUUACCUCAUUUUCUGACUGGAAGGGUUUACUGUUCUCAUUACUAAAUGAGAAGUGCUUAAAUGCUGUUUCUGCCUACAGUUCAGCAGAGGCAAAGGAAACUCUUCUAAAUGUAAUUGUAAAAGCUUUAGGCUAAUAAAACCCCACUACACACUGGAUUUUGUUAAAAUAAGUUAUAAUCUACCUUAGUUUUUGUUACACUGAAAUUUCUUAUAAUACAUCUUUUUAAAGAUACAAUCCAGAUUUUAUCAUCAUUCGUGGAUUAUCAAUAUACCUCUGUAGAGGGUGAGAUAAGAAUACUAUUGUUCUACAGUAUUUAUCUAUUUAUAUUUAUUUGUAUAUGUAUCUGUUUACAGGAAAUACCAAUGUCUAAUAAUAUUUUACAUAGUUUGGUGAAUUCUGUCUGUGCUUUGGAUGGCAGCUAUGAGAUCUACAAUAACAACAUGAUGGUAAAGCCAUGCAUAGUAGAGCAGGGGAUUAUAUCACUAAUGUAUCCAAUAGGAACAAAAUAUAAAGUAAGACACAAACAAUAUCUUCAGAUAUUACACAUAGGAAUACAUUUCUAACAUGAUGCACAGGGAUUUAGUUACAUUACUUCCAUUAAUCAGUGGGAGAGGCAUAGCAGAAUCCCUGUGUACAUUCUGAAUCUAUCCUCUAGCAUCUUUUUAUCUGUUAUAUGCUUGUAUCUGUUAUAUGCCUGAUCUUUGUGAGUCCUCUUCUUAAAUUGUCUCUCUUGUUUAAGGUGGACUCAGUGGUAUUUACUAUUGAAGAUGAACUACAUAUAUAGUGAAGACCAAAAUUAAAUAAAUCCCAGGUUUCAGUGCAGACUUGCCUGUGUUUUGAAUGCGGGAGGCAUUCAGCACAGAAAUAAACAUUUUUAAAGUUAUUUUUUCUCCUUUGAAAUCCACUGGCACUUCCUGCUUUGCCAAGGAUUUCCUAGAUUCUUUUUCCUUCUGGCAUCAUUGAUACCAGAAGUUUUAUGCAACUCAAUGAAGUCACAGAAUGAUGCAUUCUGGGAAAUCUGUAGCC